AAAUUAUCUAAAGGCAAAAGCUUUACCCAACAUUUGGAGUUUGCUUUUUUGAUCAUUUGGCUUCUAGGUUUAGUAUUAGUUACAUGGUGGCUUUAGUGAACUUUUUAAAAAAGCUUUCCUCUUCUACCCACACAGUCUUAUUUGAGUCCCUUAGUCAGUCAGCAAGCAUGUUUGGAACAGUCCCCGGUGCUUUGCAAGGGUUCAGAUUGCAGAACAGUCACAUAUGGGUAUUUGUAGUUAUAAAUACUUGACCAUUCUCCAGGGGUGGGGUUUCCAACUCUUUAAACAACCCUGUUGCCUGUUAUCAAGCUGACUUUUUGCUCCAAGUGCCAGAAUUGAUUGUGGUUAGGACAUCUUACGCUGAGAAAUAAAUAAAAUGGAACAUAAUGGGUCUGCUUCAAAUGCUGAUAAAAUCCACCAGAAUCGCCUGUCGAGUGUUACAGAAGAUGAAGACCAAGACGCUGCUCUUACCAUUGUGACUGUGCUGGACAAAGUAGCCUCCAUCGUGGACAGUGUGCAGGCAAGCCAGAAGAGAAUAGAAGAGAGACACAGGGAAAUGGAAAAUGCCAUAAAAUCCGUCCAGAUUGACCUGUUGAAGCUUUCACAGUCACAUAGCAAUACAGGGCAUAUCAUUAACAAGUUGUUUGAGAAAACCCGAAAAGUUAGUGCUCACAUUAAAGAUGUGAAAGCCCGGGUGGAGAAGCAACAAAUUCAUGUUAAAAAAGUUGAAGUCAAGCAAGAGGAAAUAAUGAAGAAAAACAAAUUCCGCGUGGUAAUAUUCCAGGAGAAGUUUCGGUGUCCGACAUCCCUGUCUGUUGUUAAAGACAGAAACCUAACUGAGAACCAAGAAGAGGAUGAUGAUGAUGUCUUUGAUCCCCCAGUAGAUCUGUCUUCGGAUGAAGAAUAUUAUGUUGAAGAAAGCAGAUCUGCCAGGCUUAGGAAGUCAGGCAAGGAGCGCAUUGAUAAUAUCAAGAAGGCAUUUUCCAAAGAAAACAUGCAGAAGACACGGCAGAAUCUUGACAAGAAAGUGAACAGAAUUAGAACUAGAAUAGUGACCCCGGAGAGGAGAGAGAGGCUAAGGCAGUCAGGAGAGAGGCUGAGACAGUCAGGGGAGAGGCUGAGACAGUCAGGGGAGAGGUUUAAGAAAUCUAUUUCUAAUGCAGCUCCCUCAAAGGAAGCUUUUAAGAUGCGCAGCCUCAGGAAAGGUAAGGACCGAACAGUGGCUGAAGGUGAGGAAUGUGCCAGGGAGAUGGGCGUGGACAUCACUGCCAGGAGCGAGUCUCUGGGCCCCAUCAGUGAGCUCUACUCUGAUGAGCUCAGUGAACCAGAACACGAGGCAGCCAGGCCGGUGUAUCCUCCCCAUGAAGGAAGGGAAAUCCCCACCCCCGAGCCUUUAAAAGUUACUUUUAAAUCUCAGGUGAAAGUAGAGGAUGAUGAAUCUCUUUUGUUAGAUUUAAAGCACUCAUCGUAAAGAGGAAUUAAGUAUAUCCUAAAUAUGAAUCUCCUAAUCAUGCAGUUUUAGUUUGAAUAGUGUAGUCAUCUACAUUUCUGUGCCAUGUAGGAAAACAUAAAUGUAUGUUUUUUUCUUAUAUUUAAAAUCUUGAAGAUAAUAUAAAUAUUAUUGUCACUCUUUCUCA